GAAUUUGGCACAUUUCGGAAAUUUUUUGCAAUACAUUAUCAGUCAAACUGCACCGUUUACAAUUCCUCUCUAUUUCGAUUUAUUACAAUUUAUUCCAACCAUGGUAUUAGAUAAGAGAACUCCGACUGUGAGCGGUGCCGACCAUUCAGCCAUCCCGAAAAAGAAUGAUCACGUCGAUGCUUCCUACCGCUCUAGUGUGGAGCGUUCAUAUCUCGAAAAAACCAUCGAAAUGCGAAUACGUAAUAAUACCUACCAAAGAUACAACAUUAUAUAUCCCCAACGGGGGGAGAGAAGCGCCGGGCCGUCGUCGUUGGCGCAGCACCGUCCCGAAAUUUGCCGCCACCGUAACGGGGAAUGUCAGCUGAAGUCGUCUUACAUAAAGAGCUCGUCGGUCAACAUGCAAGACCUGCACAUUUUACUCUUCACGGACGGGGAGCUCGACAUUGACAAAGUCCUUUGCUUAUAUCUGCUGACUGCUCACAAGACGGAGACGCUGGGCAUGCCGCCGAAAACGCCACGGCAGAGUUUCAAGGCCCGCCAGCUGUCACCGUUGGAGAGAUUGAUCGGACGCGCCAAACGAAGGAGCUGUGUCCGCCAAAAAGUCUUUAAAAACCUACCACUCUUCCUCUUAGAGCUCCCGGCCAUGCCUAAUAAACCUGAACCUAAACGGGACCCACGCCUAGAAGACAAGGUGAUUGUCAAUACCAAAAUCAUGCGUAUCAUCAACUCAGUUAAAAUCGCGCUGGAAGUGAGCAAUCCGGAAAUGAUACGGAAAUUCAUGUAUCUGGCACAUGACAGGACUCGCAUUGAGAACGCGAUGAUGCAGCCCAAGAUGGAAGCCUUCUAUAGAUCCCUACAUGGUCAAAACAUCAUCUCCUGUUGCGAAUCCUUUGAAUUAGAAACAAUUCCCAAAAAGGGUUCGAUAUCGUUUCGCGUUGAUGUGGAACCCUUGGAGGAAUUAAUUCGUCUGGUGCGUAGUAACGUACUGCUGGUUCCUAGCGCCCGUACAUGGCGAGCAACACCCGCCUUAGUAGCUCCAGUUCCAGCCCCAGCUCCAGCUCCCGCUCCAAUUCCAACACCUCCCCCAUGCCCAAAAUGCGAUUGCAAGUAUAGCAGAGACGUUUCAAGCGCUGGUCCUUCCAACUCCGCCGAGCAUCUGUCCACCAUUUUGGAACCAACUGAAAAAAGUAGUUUUGCUACAACAACAUUAGACACCAUGAAGGAUAUCGCCCCCAUCGAGAAUCCAUCAUCGGUGGUGUGCAACUUGAGCAAACACGACCCAGAAUUCUUUUUGAACAUUGAUCAGUGCAGUGACGAAGACGUCGUCCAACGCGAAACGAUGAUCACACUCCAGCCGAAAAUCAUGAAAAAUCUCCAGCUGGGAUUUUCCAACAUGCAGAUCAACGAAGAUGACCACCGGACAACUUUUGAUGAGGAUCUACCACUGGAAGAGUUAGCAAUACUCCUCGAUCAAAAGGUGCGAGAGGAAGCGUCCAUGGAUUUACAAAACUUGAUGGAGAAUCUCCUGCCGGAUUCGAGCCAAUCGAAAGAAUGUGUGACCGAGGACACUGACAGACCCACAUAUGGUUCUUAUAAUGUGAAACAAACCACGUGUAUUGCAUGUUUGAAACGCUGGUCGGAACCUGCGCCUUCGCCGAAAAUUUCGAAGAUAAAACGGUUUAGACUGCCGAAAAGUGGUGAGGCUUCCUAUUUUCAUCGAGGAGCGCACAGCGCAUUUCGGACUUCCUAUCGACGGACACCACCACCACCAGAACCACUACCAAAAGAAACAGAAGAUCAACCGAUUGAAAUAAUUGAUUUGAACGAUAUGGACUUAGCUAGAAUACGUCAAGAGAUUCGCGUGGCUGAAACAGCUAAAAAACUGAAGAAGUUUUUCGAAUCGGCAUAAGAUUAUUACGACUCUGACGCAACACGCUCCACACCUCAAGCAACGACUCCAAACUAAACUUUUUCAACAAUAAUUUCAUAUUUCACAAUUACACAUUCUCGAAACCUAAUAACAUCGAUAAAUAACUUGAUUAACUCGAAAUAAAUAAAAGAAAAAAACAAGAAACAUAAUAA